AAAGCUUACACUUCUUCAGUUCUUCCACAAACAAACAAACAAACAAACUAGGGUUUUAGGGUUUUAUUACACUCUUCAAAAAAGGCUUCAAUGGCGGAAUCGAUUUGCAGAGCACUCCGAGACGGUGCGUUGCAAGGAGAACACGCACCGGCUCUAACCAUCAAGGACUCCAUUGCCUCACCUUUCGGUUUCCACGUCUUCACUCACCUUCUCACCCAGCUUUCCUCCAACAUUUUGGCGGCAAAAUCCCAAUCACGUGGUCUCGUGCUUGUCGCUCUCUCUCGAAGCCCGUCGUUUUACUUGGAUUUGUUGAAUAGAAAAGGCUUUGAUGUCGCUUCGUCCCAAAAAUGGAUUGAGAUUUUGGAUUGUUAUACGGAUCCUCUUGGUUGGAAGGAUGCCCUUUUGGCGUCUGGAAAUGGUGGGAGUCUCUCUAACGAAGCUUCGACCGGAGCUAGUUUGUGUAGGAAUGUGAAGGAUAUGGACAAGUUGUACUCUUCAAUUAUCGAGCUGGGAAAAGGAAUAGUUGGACAAGGCAAAGUUCGUUUUUGUGUUGCCAUAGACUCGGUUAAUGAAAUCUUAAGACAUGCAUCUAUAUCAUCAGUUGCAGGCCUUUUAAGUAACCUUCGAAGCAAUGAUAGAGUUUCGAGCAUCUUUUGGUUGUCACAUUCAGACCUUCAUGAAGACAGGGUUACUGCCGUUCUUGAGUAUAUGUCCUCGAUGGUGGCCAGUAUAGAACCGCUAAAUCAAUCUGCAAAUGGGCAUAGAUGUAAUUGGGAGAGCCUCCCUUUACUCAAAUGUAAUUAUUGGAAAGGGAAGUUUCAUGUCCGGUUUAAGCGCAGAAAUGGUCGUGUUCGAGUGAUGUCUGAAGAAUUUCAUGUUGAGCAAUCAGCCAUCAACUUUAGAUCCAUUUCAUCCGAAGAUGAAAUAGUCAAUCGAAGCCUUUUGCCAAAGAUGCAAUUCAAUUUACAGCUGUCAGAGAAGGAGCAAAUUGAUAGGGCUAAGGUUGUACUUCCUUUUGAACACCAGGGAACUGGUAAACCCAUUCAAAUUUAUGAUGGUCGGAGAUCACUUACGGAUGGCAAUAGUGAAGCAGAACCUGUUUCUACUGGAAUAUUGCAGACAAAUGAGAACUCUAGCAAGGGUGAGAUAAUAUAUUUGCGUGAUUCAGAUGAUGAGAGACCAGAUUCUGAUGAGGACCCAGAUGAUGAUUUGGAUAUAUAAUUGUGUGUGCCUCAUUCGUGAUCUUGGACUGCCAGAGUACUGCAUUUGUAAAUUGAUCUUCUCCUUGUUUCUUUUAUCUAUUGCGAUGUUCAGACCUUAUUAUAAAUGAAAUAAUGUUUUGUUUAUGAAUUGUAGAUGCUCUGUACCAACUUAACCUUUUUGCAUUUUGAAUCAGUAGGGAAUUGCGUUUUUUUUUUACACCUUUAAGUGGUAUGAUUCCUUUGUCUUUGAGAGAAGCAAUCUGCAUAUAACCCAUUAAGCUACAAGCAGAAAUAGUGAAGAACAUUACAAUAGGAAUUCCAAGUUCUUGAGCAGCAGUAAUGGUGAAUGGCAUGAAACCAUCUGAGAUAAUACAAGUCAUGGAGGAUUCUUUGAAGUUGCACCAUUGAGUUUUACAAGGAGAUCAGAAAAUGGAGCCCAGAAGUUUUUCAUAAUGGAAUCACAAAGAAAAUGGAUAUCUUGGGUAGCGUUGAGGUCCGAUGGAGGGAGGCCGUCAGGAAUGGUUUCAAAUCGGAAGUCAGACAAGCCAUCUAAGGAGUUGGGACCU